AUGGUGGCUUACAACAGUCAAUCUUCGAACACCUGGUGCGAGGAUGGCCGAGAAAUCAAAUUACUUCAUUUUGUUUAUGGACAGCCUAACCUGGGCGAAAUCCGCGGGCGACCCCAGAAGGUUCUGGAUCUAAUUGAUCAGUUUGCAAACACCUGCUACCUCAUGAAUGUUGGGCGUGAGAAGGGGAGGAUCAUAACUAAGGUGAUUGAGGAUAUAAGGCCUCAAACUAUGAUUGAACUCGGAGGCUAUGUCGGCUACUCGGCAAUUCUGUUCGGUGAUGCUCUGCGACGAAACGGCGGCAAACGACUCAUCAGUCUGGAAUCCAAUCCCGAAUCAGCUGCUGUAGCAAAUAUGUUGGUUGAGCUUGCAGGUCUUCGUGACCUGGUGAGCAUCAUCGUUGGACAAAGUGACGAGUCUCUUCACCAACUCUAUACUACCGGAGAAGUCAAACACAUUGAACUAAUGUUCAUUGACCACUACAAGGCAGCAUACAUCACCGAUGUCAAGUUGUGUGAGCAUUACGGCAUGAUCUCACCUGGCACCGUCCUCGCUGCGGACAAUGUCCUUUUUCCAGGUAACCCGCAGUAUCUGGAGUAUGUCCGGAGCACAGUUGAGCAGAAGCGCAAGGCGGGCACACAGAACAGACGCAGAGAGGGCUACGAUGUAUCCGGUCUACCAGAGGUCGCUGUAACAUCCAUGAUUGCUAGGGAUACAGCUCCUAAAUUCAGCUAUGAUGGAAAUCCAAAUCUGGUAUACGAAAGUGAACUUCACCAACCUGAGGGUCAUUGCGUAAGUUCCUCACUGUUACCGCUCUCGUAG